GUCCCAAAUUAGGGGUCCAAGCUUUUUCCAAUAAUUUUUUUUUAAAAAAAAACUUCCUUUAUUCCAACUCCAAAACCUGUUCAGUAUGUGACUUAGUCCAAUCCCUUUUAUUUCACAGACAGAAGAAGAUCAAAAGAAAGAGAAGAUAUGGGUUCUAGGUUUGCUUCUUGCAGAUUCAUCUUUUAUGUUCUACUUGUUUCUCAGUGCACCCACACCAAUUGCAUCAGAGAGAUUACAGAGAAAACCUGGAAAGAUGCUAACAAAGAGGCAUCUGAUUUGCAACAAACUGCCAUUGAUGACGAUCUUCAAAUUUUCUUCACUGUUGAUGAUCUAAAAGUUGGGAAAACAAUUUCCAUCUAUUUCCCCAUCAAAGACCCUUCAACCACUCCUCACCUACUCACUAGAGAAGAAGCCAAUUCAAUCCCUUUCUCAUCAUCAAAACUUCCACAGAUUCUUGACUUUUUCUCAUUCUCCAAACACUCCCCACAAUCCAAAGCAAUGCAAUACACACUCUCUCAAUGUGAGCUUGAACCCUUAAAAGGAGAGACUAAAUUUUGUGCUACCUCCUUAGAAUUCAUGCUUGACUCGGCUCGUGGCGUGUUUGGUCUGAAAACAAAAUUCAGAGUUCUUAUAACCAAGUACCUGUCAAGCCACAAUGCUGUUUUGCAAAACUAUACUGUUUUGGAUGUGGCGAAAGAGAUUGAAACUCCGAAAAUGGUGGCUUGUCAUGCCAUGCCUUACCCUUACGCUGUGUUUUACUGUCACGGGCAAGAGAGUGAUCAUCACAGAGUGUUUGAGGUGGCGCUGCGUAGCGGCAAUGAUGGGGAGAGAGUGGAAGCUGUUGGUGUUUGCCACAUGGAUACAUCAGAGUGGGACCCGGAUCACGCGGCGUUUCGGGUUCUCAGGACUCGGCCUGGACAGUCUCCUGUCUGUCAUUUUUUUCCAGCUGACAAUCUUGUUUGGGUUGCAUCACCUGCUCUAGAUAGUUAGUAAUUAUCUGAAUUGUGCUUGGAUAUAUGGUGAAGAGGUAGCAUAUGUAAAAAAGGGUUAUUUGUAAUAUGGUUGAUAAUGUUGUGUUUGUUUUAAUUUAAGAGUAGUGAACCUUAAACACAGAUCUAAUUAUUCUAUGGUCCAUCAUGGGAUUGUGUGUCUGCUCAAUAACAAGCAACCUGCCCCAUUGUUUGAGUCCAUUGAAUAUUUUUUUGUAAGAAUAAAAAAGGGAUUGCAAAGGUGGUCAAAUUUCAUUUGCACCAGAACACAUACCUAUUUGCACCUUCAUGUAUUUUUACGAUUUUCACUGA